AUGUUCAAUACCGGAGAUAAAAUAACGAGGUGCGCGCCCCCAUCCACGCUCCCUAAUCCACGCUCCCCCAUCCACGCUCCCCCGUCCACGCUCCCUCGUCCACGCUCCCAUCCACGCUCCCUCGUCCACGCUCCCUCGUCCACGCUCCCUCAUCCACGCUCCCUCGUCCACGCUCCCCCGUCCACGCUCCCCCGUCCACGCUCCCUCGUCCACGCUCCCUCGUCCACGCUCCCUCGUCCACGCUCCCCCGUCCACGCUCCCCCAUCCACGCUCCCUCAUCCACGCUCCCCCGUCCACGCUCCCCCGUCCACGCUCCCCCGUCCACGCUCCCCCGUCCACGCUCCCUCAUCCACGCUCCCUCAUCCACGCUCCCUCAUCCACGCUCGCUGGGCAUUCUGUAUUAAGGGACCGACUCCUCCUCCCAUCCCCUCAGCCAACUCCUCCUCCCUUCCCCACAUGCUGACUCCUCCUCCUGUCGCCCUGCUGACUCAUCCUCCCUUCCCCCAGCCAAUUCCUCCUGCCUUCCCCCAGCUGACUGCUCCUCCCUUCCCCCAGCUAACUCCUCUUCCCUUCCCCCAGCCGACUCCUCCUCCCUUCCCCCAGCUGACUUCUCCUCCCUUCCCCCAGCCGACUCCUCCUGCCUUCCCCCAGCUGACCUCCCUUCCCCCCAUCUGA